AUGAACAACGGCGUGCGGACACAGAAGCUGUCCAAAGGUGUCGAUGUCGUUAGCUUUACGAACGUCAGUAAAGUCAGUAAAUGCAAGGAGAUGCAACGGGAAGAAAUCAUCAUUGAGGAACACGCCAUAGCAUCGAAGCGCGUGCUGAAAUACCUGGGAGUUAUGAUCGAUGACCGGCUAAACUUCAACAGUCACGUUGAAUAUGCUUGCCAGAAGGUGCCGAAAGCCAUCAACGUGGUAACUAAAACCACGCCGAACAACUCUGGACGAAGCGGUAGCAAGAUGCGUCUUCUGGCUAGUGUAUCUUCGUCGAUACUGAGAGACGGAGGUCCAGCCUGGGUUCGUGAGAGAGUACAGAACCAUCUCAUCGGAAGACUGGCGGAAGACAGGAUGUGCUAUAAGCGGAGAGAAACCAGAGGAGUACGAAAAUGGUAA